GCCAGCCGCAGUGAUGAGAAAAACUUAAAACAAUUAGACGUGAAGAGAGUGGACAUAUUUGGAGAAUGAGCAACGACUACUGGAACGUAAAUCCAACACUAAGCGGAGGUACUCCAUUUAUCCUCAUGGCACAAAACAACAAGGAAUAAUCGAAGCCAGAAAUAUUAUCACAAAUCCCAAGAUGGGACACCUACGGAGGUAUUUCGUUUCAGAGCAGGAAGUGUCUGCCCCCUACUGGACAAGAAGAGGCAAGAAAAUCAAAACGUUUCACCGUUGACAGUGCUGUCAGGUUGCGAGCUUCUAUGCGCUCAGAUGAACUGUCAAUCAAACAAGAGCGAAGCGUAUCUUAGCAACAGGUAAGUUUGAGAUGAAGCGUGACGAUGAGAGCCGACUUCGUCUCGCCAGAAGAGGGCUCUGUUUUGUCCCUGAUUUAUCAAAGUUCUCAAUGCUGCGAUGUGCGUACCUCAACAAUAACAAGAUCAGAGAAAUCUGCAGAACUUCAUUUACCUGUUGCCUGGCUGAACUUUGUCUGCAGAACAAUUAUAUUACCUCUAUAUCAGGAGCACUGAGACACCUGUCUUGUCUUCGUGUGCUGCUGCUGCACAACAAUCAGAUCAAAUGUCUGGAUGAGACUGUAGCGGAGCUGAGAAACAUGCAGGACCUCCAUACUCUUUCUUUAUAUCUGAACCCCUUCACACAAGAUCCUCAAUAUCGCCAGUAUGUGCUUCAUCAUUUACCAUCUGUGCAGCUGUUGGACAGAAAAGAGGUGAAGUUUGGGGAGAGAAGGCAGGCAUUUAAGACAUUUAACACAGAAAGGCAGAGGGUGCUGGAUUCCAUUGCCUUUGGCAGGAGAGCACUACCGCCCCCUGCAGGAAGGAAAGAAAUCAACAAAAACCCAUCAAGUCAACGUGGCACAAGAUGCACAGAAAGACCAUCAGGAAUCAGACCAACACCACACUCCAUCGUACAGGUCAGGGUUAUGAACUGGAGUGGCUCCGGCGUGGCUCAGUGGAACCCAGUGAAGAGCAAACCUGCAAUCGACAUACUAACUGUCAAACCCAGAUGAUUUCCAGAGCCCGGCUGUCCAUUCCCCAUCACUCUCACGUGCACAAGGGACAC